AUGUAUCAGAGCUUGGCGCUGGCCCAGAGCCCUGGCCAGGCCACCUACGCUGACUCGGGAGCCUUUUUGCACGCUUCGGGAGCCGGCUCCCCAGUGUUCAUGGCACCCACGCGUGUGCCCUCCAUGCUGCCCUACCUGCCUGCGUGUGAGCCGGGCUCGCAGCCUCCCGCGCUUGCCGCACACUCUAGCUGGACUCAGGCAACUGCUGCUGACUCCUCAGCCUUCGGAUCCGGAAGCCCGCACCCGCCAGCCGCACACCCACCGGGAGCUUCCACCUUCCCAUUCGCACACAGCCCCCCGGGGCCCGGCAGCGGCGGCAGCGCGGGGGCCCGGGACAGCGGCUCCUUCCAGGGCGCGCUGCUGGCUCGCGAACAGUACGCGACCCCGCUGGGGAGACCCAUGAGCGCCUCGUACCCCACAACGUACCCGGCAUACGUGAGUCCCGACGUAGCCCCUUCGUGGACCUCUGGACCCUUCGAUGGUAGUAGCAUCCUGCACGGUCUACAGGGCCGCCCUAGUGGCCUCCCUGGCCGACGGGCCACCUUCGUACCUGACUUCUUGGAGGAGUUCCCUGGUGAGGGUCGGGAGUGUGUCAACUGUGGAGCCCUGUCCACACCCCUGUGGCGUCGUGAUGGCACCGGGCACUACCUCUGCAACGCCUGUGGCCUCUAUCACAAGAUGAAUGGGGUCAACCGGCCACUGGUGAGGCCUCAGAAGCGUCUGUCCUCAACCCGUCGAUCUGGCCUCUGCUGCUCCAACUGCCACACUGCCACCACCACCCUCUGGAGGCGCAAUGCUGAGGGAGAGCCUGUGUGUAACGCCUGCGGCCUCUACAUGAAGCUCCACGGGGUGCCACGACCACUAGCCAUGAAAAAAGAGAGCAUCCAGACCAGAAAACGGAAGCCAAAGAACCCUGCCAAGACCAAGGGCUCCUCAGGAUCCACAGCAAACACGGCAGCCUCUUCUUCCACUCUCCACAACACUGAGGGCUCAGCCGCCACUUUGAAGGCCGAGCCCAGUCUGGCAUCUCCAGUGUGUACUGGGCCCACUAUCUCCUCCCAGGCCUCCUCCAGCCCAGCAAAUGAAUCCCUGGCCCCCAAUCAUUUGGAGUUCAAGUUUGAACCUGAAGACUUUGCCUUCACCUCCUCGUCCCUGAGUCCCCAGGCUGGCCUCAGUGGGGUCCUGCGUCAGGAGGCCUGGUGUGCCCUGGCCUUGGCCUAG